UCCGCUUCUGUGAAGAAACAAGACUAAACACGAUCCAUGCCCAUCGUUUGUUAGACUUGCCAAAACAUCCAGACUGUACGUCCAGCCAAGGUUACUUAUUUGCCUUCGUCAGCAAAGCCAAAAACAAAACAAAUAGAACUCUGAAGUUACAGAUUUCAACGUGCCGUUUUGUGAACUGAGAAGCUGAUUUUACUCCAACUCAAAUCCACUCCGGCCAUACCUUCAGUCAAAAACUUGGCAUCAAACUGACUUUGGGAACCCCUCCUCCCACAUGUUACUGUUGCCCUGGUGACUUCUCCGAGGGACCAUCUUUAGCAGCCCUUCAGAAGAACCCUGUGGGGGCUCCACUGACGGAAAAAUAUGCUAAACGCUGAAUAUAUCUUCUGAACAACGGCUCAGCUUUGAGUUUAGAAGAUGAACAAUGAGGACGUGUUUUACGACGCCGUCACAGGCCUGGACUCAGAUGAGUCAUAUGAAAGGGUGUCAGAGGCCAGUUACAAAGACGCAAAGGGAUUUGAUUGUAGCAGUCAGACGAACAAUGGAUCAGUACCACAAGAAAACGGCAUCAAGAAACACAGGACAUCGUUACCAGCGCCCAUGUUUUCCAGAAGCUCUAUGAAUAUCUGGGGUAUCCUUAAAAAAUGCAUUGGAUUGGAACUGUCCAAAAUCACAAUGCCUAUCAUUUUCAAUGAACCAUUAAGUUUCCUGCAGAGGAUCUCAGAAUACAUGGAACACACUUACCUCAUCAACAGAGCCUGCUCGCUGUCUGACUCCAUACAGCGCAUGCAGAGAAGAACUUGGUUUCCGGCUGGUAUCGGAGCAAGUAUCCCAUCAUCCUCCAGUCAGUGCCUUCCACGCAGAGAGCCUAGCUGGAGACUUUGUCUUCCACGGCUCGAUUUACCCAAAACUCAAGUUCUGGGGCAAAAGUGUUGAGGCAGAGCCGAGGGGAACAAUCACACUAGAACUGCUAAAGCUCAAUGAAGCGUACACAUGGAGUAAUCCUUACUGCUGCGUGCAUAACAUCAUCCUGGGCAAACUGUGGAUAGAGCAGUAUGGCACGGUGGAAAUAGUCAACCACAGCACUGGAGAGAAGUGUGUGCUGAAUUUUAAGCCAUGUGGGAUGUUUGGCAAAGAGUUGCACAAAGUUGAAGGAUACAUCCAAGACAAGAGUAAAAAGAAGCUCUGUAUCAUAUAUGGCAAGUGGACGGAGUGCAUGUGGAGCGUCGACCCUCAGGCUUACGAGGCCCACAAGAAGUCGGAGAAGAAAGGCGACAACCAAAAGACCAAAAAAACUGAGGCUCUUGGGAAACCAGAGAAUGACGAAGCAGAUGAUAUGCCUGAGGUCCUUGAGACGGUGUCUGUAGUACCAGGAAGUACUCUGUUGUGGAGGAUAGAGUCCAGACCAGCACACUCUGUGAUGAUGUACAACUUCACAAACUUUGCGAUGUCUCUCAACGAGCUGGAGCCGGGCAUGGAGGCCACCUUAGCCCCCACCGAUUGCCGCUUCAGGCCUGACAUCCGAGCCAUGGAGAAUGGAAACAUGGAUGAGGCGAGCAGGGAGAAAGAGCGACUGGAAGAGAAACAAAGAGCUGCCAGAAAGGACCGAGCCAAGCUUAACGAGGAGUGGAGAACCAGGUGGUUCCAGAUGGGCACAAACCCCUACACCGGCUCCCAGGACUGGAUCUACUCAGGCGGUUACUUCGACAGGAACUACCAGAAUCUGCCGGAUAUCUACUAAAAACAAAACCCACACUAGCCUUCAUCCUCUGCUUCGUCUUUAUCCUGCAGUGAUUUACCCGCCAGGAUGCAGAGAGAAUUCAUAAAAUUCAAAAAUACACCCACCUUUGCUUCCAUCUUCAUCUCGCUGCCUUCAAGAUCAUCUGAAGUGGUUGAAUCUCACUGCUGCAGAUUGGAAAGAUUAAAAAAAAAAAUGCUGUUCAUAGAUGUACCAUCAUCACGUGGGUCUUACUUUUGACAUCUUGUGUGAUUUUUGCCUCCUAACAGCCAACAAAUGUUCCCUCUGCUGCCACCCUACGGAGCACAAGAAGAUUAUAACUGAGCAUCUUUCCAAUCAAACUCUUUUCUUUGAGCUGCCAUACCUCAGGGCUGUUGCUUCUGACUCAUUACUGAAGAAAUGUCAAUGAAAACGACUUUUAACUAAAGCAUAAUGCACCACAUCCUGGAUGGAUUCAUGGAUUUGAAUGGGAACACGGUCAACCAGGAAAUCAGGGAUGUGAAUUUUCCUUUGACUGAAGAUGGAUCUUAAAGAGGCUUUUUUUUUUCUUUUCUUUUUUUUUAUAUCAAAACACUUAGAAAUAAAAACAGAGGUGACAUCGUCUUUAGGGAACAAACUUCAUGCAUGUCUUCUGUUUAAGUUAGGACAAAUCAAAUGCAGACGUUAGUUUCAAAAUCAGUCAUUUUUAACCUAGAAAACACUUGAAACACACAUUCUCAAAUCAAUCUAAACAAUUUAACACAAAGGUUGUCUUAGCAACAAAGCAGAAUGUAACGCAUUUAAAUAUUUACUGUACUGUGUCUGUAAAAUACAUAAAAACUAUCAUUUUAUUAACAUCUUUAUUAAAGAUUAGUUCUGACCAACACUUGGCAGAUGGUAAACUUCAGGUGGUUCUGGUUACAAAGUCAUAAAGAGUUUUUGUUUAAUCAUAUGGAAAUAAAUAUAAUCUGGCUUGUUAAAAAGCCUCACAUUAAAAGCUGUUGGCCCCCCCACAUGCAGGUGAGCCUCACUCGUUUUCUUAAAUCACAAUCCUAACUAAAUAAAAAUAAUUGUCUUCUACAUGCAAGGCUAAAUUUCCUCUAAAUCUGAGCUGUUUCCAUGGUUUUCUUGACGUUUUAAGUAGAUUAUCUCAAAUUGGAACACGCUCUGUGUACGUUCUGCUGACCAAGAAUGGGUUCAAAAUGAAAGCAUGUUUGUGCAAUGCUGCAAGUUUGUCAUAAUAAUCACAGGAGAGUGUUGGUUUGUUGUGAAAAAAAAAGGGAAAUACUGUUAAAACAGUGGGUCUGAUUAUUAUAAGAAUCUGUUCAGGUACAGGGAUGAAACGUGCAGCUGAGUGCUCCUCAUUGGUGGGAUUGAAUCUGAGAUCAGGACCACUAGCUGGUCUCUGGACUUCACCUGCAGGACUUUAACUAAGAAAAUCAAACAGAUCCACAACAUGAUCACACACUAAACAAAAUGAACAUCUGAGAUGCAAAAUAGUUAGAAAAAGCCACAAUGAUUGUACUCUUUUUGUCUUGAUCCAGCAUCUGUACAGUAUGUCUGUGCCUUAUGUCCUCUCUGUGUCAGACGACCUUAUUUAAAAAAAAAUGUGGAUGAGAUGAAAAAGACUAAUGAAUAAAAACACAAACCGAUUGUUGCUGCUGAUAUUGGGUGAGCUAACUGGACGAGCAGGUCUGAAUUUAAACCUCAGAGUAACUCUAGAGUUUUUGCCUUUGAGUUGCACAGAGGUCCACAUGUCACAAAUUUUCCGUUCAGUUUUACAAAUAAAAACCUAAACUCUGAUAUGUACACGUGUAGCAGACGUGAUCCAACAGGAAUGAACAAUGGGUGGAGCUGGUUUGAUUUUAGUUUGAUUCAGGGUGUGCGCUGACUAACCGUUGCCUAAAAGUUCCACCAAACGUGGAUUUAAACUCCAAGAAAACACGUUAAAGCAAUCUGAAAAUGGAUUUGAAUGUAUUCCAUGUUGAUAAUUGUAAAUAGGCCGCAACAAAUUUGAACUCCAGCCAAAUAAUAGUUAUUCCCCGAUUUAUUUUUUUUUAUUUUUACCCUCCCCCCACCCCCCCACCAGUUUGUUUUCUAUUGUAAUACUUAUAUUGUAAUAGCUUAAUUUACAGCACCAACUGUGUGCAGUGUUUGCACAUCCAUACAAAAAGCGUGUGUAUGAUCUGCCAUGGGACACAUGCUUUACCUUCCCCUCGUCACAACCAUAACAUUCAAAAUGUAAAACAUUUCCUAAAGGUUGGCUUUGGUACUUUAGCUCAUUUGAAAAUAUUUGAGUAAAGUUGGAAGUUUUGGAUUUGUUAUUUUUUUUAGAUGUUUAGCUAAAAUAUCUUCGCUUUGCCCCCAGGACUUAAGACCAACAUUCCAGCUGUUUGAUUAAAACAGAUGUUUUCUUUCUCAACACAUUUGGGUGCUCAAAUUCACAGGUGAAACCCCAGAAUCUGGUAAAUCGCAUUUUGUUCAGUGACUCAAUGUGACGCUUUUUAGGAAACACUACUUAAAGUUGCACCGUCGCUGAAUUUCAACACAUGAAAAGUUCAGUAAGUCCAAACUGGAGCACCAGAAUAUGAUUUUCACUGUAAACUGAUUUUAGUUAGUAAAAUGGAUUGUAGCAGUCUCAUUAUUGAGUGCUUUAAUUCAAGCUCUACUAGUUACAUCACUAAUCUGUUUAUAGUACAAGGUUUUAUGUUGCUUUGAGAGUUGUCUGUUUUUUUUCUCCAUAUGCAUUUUCUAUACGUGUUGCACAAAGUUAAUCACAAGCAAAAUGUCAUGUUUUGUGCAAUUGAUUUAUUUUUAUAGUAUUUAAACAGUUUUUGGUGGGAACAUAGUAGCAGAUGCUUUAUUUUGAGGUGGGGGACUGUAAGGGGUCUUGUCCGUAUGGUGGACAGCUCGGGGGGGAAAUGUCUACCAAUAAAAUUCUAAUUUCA